UAUGAUGAAGGAAAUAUUGUUCUGCCGUGCGAAUUUCAGGAAUGAUAAUAAUGAUCGGCGGGUUAUAUUAUAUCUGAAUGAUUGUUGUUGUGGUAGGAAGUAUUGUCAAGAAAAUGCAUCAUGCCUGGUAAAAAAUCAUUUGAAAAAGGUUAGCCUCAGAGAUGCUGCAAUUGAGCUAUCAAUUGAGAAAGCCAUGAGGCAACUAAAUCAGCAUCUGGAAGAAAAUCAGUUGACAAAACUGAGUGUGGGAAUUGAUUCAACAGAUGGUAAUGGUGCCAAGAAAAGAUUUCCGGAUCUUAGAGGAGAGACCAACAGAAAGUCAAUUGAGGCUUUGGUAAAAAGUACAGGCAAAGAGACUUUUCAGUGGGGGUUGGCUGCAGGGGUGUUUUCUGGUCUGACUUAUGGGCUGAAUGAGGCUAGUGGUUAUCACGAUUGGCUGUACAUGUGCAACUCAGCUUAACUAGGAGUUGGACAGGUGAUGUUAUCUUUUGAGGGAUAACAUGCAUCAUGAUUCGUCACCUGCUACUGUACUGGUUUUAUGGGCUGAUCCUUGAAGCUUUCUACUCAGCUGGUGCUGUCUGACUGCUGUUCUUCAGGGACCUACUGGUGCCUGCUCUGCACUGGUUGGGCUGCUAGUUUGGGUGCUGUACAGUAGUGGUGUGGUUUGGUGUUGCUGUUUUGGUGGGCUGCGAGGUUGUAAUAUUAUUUAAUUUUUUUUGGACGAAAAUUGUAAUAUUACAGCCUUUUUUUUAAUGAAAAUAUGUAACUU